CAUAGUCCUACUCCCACAACUGCAAGUAUCGGUCGCAGCUCCCCCGGCAAUCCUCCCCAUGGCCAGCCUCAACAACGCUUCCUGGUCCAGCGGCCUCUACGGCUGCUACGACGACGUCGGCGGCUGCUGCCUGACGUUCUUCUGCCCGUGCGUCGUCUUCGGGAGGAUCGCCGAGAUCGUCGACAUGGGCGCCACAUCUUGCUGUGCGAGCGGGACGGUGUACGCUGCCCUGGCGUCGGUGACGGGGAUGGGCUGCCUCUACUCCUGCGGCUACCGCUCCAGGCUGCGGGAGCAGUACCGGCUCAAGGAGACGCCGUGCGGCGACUGCUGCGUCCACUGGUUCUGCGAGGCCUGCGCCCUCUGCCAGGAGUAUCGCGAGCUCAAGACCCGCGGCUUCGACAUGGCCCUCGGAUGGCAGGCCAACAUGGAGAAGAUGGGGAAGACCACGGCGCCGCAGACGCACGCGGGGAUGACUCGCUAGAGCAUCCAUGCGGCCGCCGACGGUGUAUCCACGGUCGUCAAUGUCAGCUUCCAGCUCAAGAUGAAGAAUGCCACCAGUGCACGGCGUCUAAUUAUGUCUUGUCGCGAGUCGCUUCGUGUUUGUGCUCAAUGUGUAGUGUGCCUUUCUGUUGUAAAUCGUCGUUUCCCAUCCGUCCACCUCCACCGUGUGUG